UUUCCAGUAUUACUAAGCAGUCUGUGGUACAUGCCAAACAUAAAAUCCGCACUCUCUCACUGUUUGUCUUUCAAGUAACAUCGCUCAGUUAUAAAUUAUCAGAAUGGCAAAUAUAGCUGCGAAACGUAUAAAAAGGGAAUUCAAAGAAGUCAUGAAAAGUGAGGAGGUCGCAGGAGGUGAUAUUAAACUGGAACUUGUCAACGACUGUUGGACGGAACUACAAGGCGAAAUAUCCGGACCGCCGGACACGCCGUACGAGGGUGGGACUUUUGUACUCGAGAUUAAGGUUCCAGAGACCUAUCCUUUUAAUCCUCCAAAGAUCCGGUUUAUGACGAAGAUUUGGCAUCCUAACGUAUCGUCAGCCACUGGAGCCAUUUGCUUGGACAUCCUUAAAGACCAGUGGGCGGCUGCACUUACAUUGCGAACAGUCCUUUUAUCGAUACAGGCAUUGCUGUCGGCCGCAGAGCCUAAUGAUCCACAAGAUGCGGUGGUCGCGAAGCAGUACAAAGAAAAUCAUGAUUUAUUUGAGAUGACCGCAAAGCACUGGACAAACAUAUACGCCGGUGGACCUAUAUGCAUCAGUGAGUUCAACCAGAAAGUGCAGCGCAUCCAAGAUAUGGGAAUAGAUGAGCACGCAGCUAGGGUUGCGCUCUCCACCUACGACUGGGAACUGGAACGAGCUACAGAACAGCUAUUCUGUUAGUCACCCAAGGGUCUAGUUGUAUUAUUUUAAACUCCCCUCUCCUUAGAUAUCUCGUGAUGUAGUAUCCUGGGCCCAAUGCCCCUUGAUGUAUCUGUUGAUUAAUUUUUAUUUUUUUCUGUGAUCUAAUUGCUUGACGCCGUAUAUGACGUCCUGCUAACGUCGAUACGAUUCUGUCAUGCAAAGGAACAAUUCCAUAGUCAAGUAUAGGAUAAGUAUUUUAUCCAGCUGGUUUAACUGUCUCAAUAUUCGUCCGUAUUAUGUGUUUAAAUAAUAAAAAAAAAAUCAUCACACAAUUUCAAGUUUUUAAUAGGAGAGGUUUCUAUCCGGCAAGAGAGGAGUCAUUAUAAAAUAAAGAACGAACCUUCAAUCUGGAAAUGUUGUAACACCCUUUCUGUUCCUGUUACAUAAGUAUACUGUUAAUUAGUACAUAUUGGAGAUCGGUAUUGAUGCAUGGAAACCCAAACUAGAUUAUUCAUUUGUUUAUUUGAAUUAAUUAUCUGAAAUAUGUCAUCGUUUCUUAUGUUGAUAAUAAAUAUAUUUUUUUAAUUCCCUU